UUUUGGGGGGUGGGGACCAGCUGCGCGCCGGCACCAUGUUCCUGGCGACCCUGUACUUCGCGCUGCCGCUCCUGGAUUUGCUCCUGUCGGCCGAGGUGAGCGGCGGGGACCGCCUGGACUGCGUGAAAGCCAGCGACCAGUGCCUGAAGGAGCAGAGCUGCAGCACCAAGUACCGCACGCUCAGGCAGUGUGUGGCCGGCAAGGAGACCAACUUCAGCCUGGCAUCCGGCCUCGAGGCCAAGGAUGAGUGCCGCAGCGCCAUGGAGGCCCUGAAGCAGAAGUCGCUCUACAACUGCCGCUGCAAACGGGGAAUGAAGAAGGAGAAGAAUUGCCUGCGUAUCUACUGGAGCAUGUACCAGAGCCUGCAGGGAAAUGAUCUACUGGAAGAUUCCCCAUAUGAGCCAGUUAACAGCAGGUUGUCAGAUAUAUUCCGAGUGGUCCCAUUCAUAUCAGAUGUUUUUCAGCAAGUGGAGCACAUUUCCAAAGGGAACAACUGCCUAGACGCCGCCAAGGCCUGCAACCUGGAUGAUACCUGCAAGAAGUACAGGUCCGCCUAUAUCACCCCAUGCACCACCAGCAUGUCCAACGAGGUCUGCAACCGCCGGAAGUGCCACAAGGCCCUCCGGCAGUUCUUUGACAAAGUUCCGGCCAAGCACAGCUACGGGAUGCUCUUCUGCUCCUGCCGGGAUAUUGCCUGCACGGAGCGCAGGCGACAGACCAUUGUGCCGGUGUGCUCCUAUGAGGAGAGGGAGAAGCCCAACUGUUUGAAUUUGCAGGAUUCCUGCAAGACGAAUUACAUCUGCAGAUCUCGCCUUGCAGAUUUUUUUACCAACUGCCAACCAGAGUCAAGGUCUGUCAGCAGCUGUCUAAAGGAAAACUACGCUGACUGCCUCCUCGCCUACUCGGGGCUUAUUGGCACAGUCAUGACCCCAAACUACAUAGACUCCAACAGCCUCAGCGUGGCUCCAUGGUGUGACUGCAACAACAGCGGGAAUGACCUGGAAGAGUGCUCGAAGUUUCUGAAUUUCUUCAAGGACAAUACAUGCCUUAAAAAUGCAAUUCAAGCCUUUGGCAAUGGCUCCGAUGUGACUGUGUGGCAGCCAGCCCUUCCAGUACAGACCACCACUGCCACCACCACCACAGCCUUCCGGGUCAAGAACAAACCCCUGGGGCCAGCAGGGUCUGAGAAUGAAAUCCCCACACAUGUUUUACCACCUUGUGCAAAUUUACAGGCACAGAAGUUGAAGUCCAAUGUGUCGGGCAGUACACAUCUCUGUCUUUCAGAUCGUGAUUAUGAAAAGGAUGGUCUCACUGGUGCUUCCAGCCACAUAACCACAAAAUCGAUGGCGGUCCCUCUAAGCUGUGGUCGGAGCCCACUGCUGGCCCUGGUGAUAACCGCCCUGUCUACCCUCUUAUCUUUACCUCUGGCAGAAACAUCAUAGCUGCAUUGAAAACACAACAUGGACAUGUACAAAGACAAAAACCAAGUUAUCUGUUUCCUGUCCUCUUGUAUAUCUGAAAUCCCACUUUUGAGAGCUCAGUUGAGAAACAGUUCCAUCCAACUGGAACUUUAUUAUUAUUAUUAUUUUUUUUUUAAGAAAGCUUCUUGUGAUCCUUAGGGGCUUCUGUGGAGAACCUGAUGCAGUGCCACAUUCCACACUGGACAGGCUUUGGGACAUGCUGUGUUUUAAAGGAACAGUUUGUAAAUCUGGCUGUAAAGCAAACUGGGGCCAUGUUUUUCGCGAUGAUGUUGAGGAUGAUCUUAACAGUUUUAACACUGGCCCUUACUAGCUAGAGAAGGCAUUUAUAUUUCUAAAAAGCUCUUCCAUCUCUCAUGUCACAGUUUGAUUUUCAGUAACACAACCUGCAGCUUAACCUGGAUGCCAAGUUUUUUGCCACAAAGCAGAUUCUCAUCCAGAGCAGACUUGUGCGAAGAAGCUUGUUCACCUUUCUGUGUGUUCUAGCGUUUUCCAUGCCACUGUUGAUGUGCCGUGUACAGUUUUCUGCACUCUCCGACAAAACAUAAAACACCCGUCACAUCCAAAUGUAGUACGAGCCUAUUAGUCAAGGAGUGAGUGUGAAACUUCACGUACCUCGACCACUGAUCUACACGCUCCUAAGCCUUACCCGAGUGAGAAGCCCUUAAACUAACAAGAGUCAAAUAUAGCCGAGGCAUCAUUCUAAUACUCUUCACAUUUAUGAGGUUAUAUGUAGAAAGAGAUUUUACUACUAAAUGAUUUCCACUAUUGGCUUUCUAUAUUUUGAAAGUAAUGAUAUUGUCUUCAUUUUUUACUGAUGGUUUAAUACAAAAUACGUGGAGCUUGUUUUCCUGUCAUAAGUAAGGUUAGCUCCGAUGUUAGCUUCACAAAUACAGCUCUUCGAAAGCAGACCCGGAAGAGCCCCGUGCUUUACAGAAACCUCUCCAUCACGUUACUGUGGACAGGCAGGAGGAAACAGAGCAGUCAAGCAUUGUCUUUUCUCAUUGCUUGAGAUGCAAAUUUACACACUGUGAGGAACCCAGUGGCCGCUUGAAUGUUCUGCAAUGUCUAGUGGGACCUUGGCAGUUGACAUAGACCUGUACCUUGGUUUCAUGCUGACCAAGGCAACUUUGAUUGGGACAGGAGACCAGCCAUGUUGCCCUUUCUUUGCAGCAGGUCCAGGCCAGCAUACACAGUCCUUUCCUAAGGCUUGUCUUCACUCCUGACUCACGUCUUGGCCGCUGUGUAGGGCAGUUUGUUCUGAAGGUCACCAAGCACCUGCUUACAUCUUGUUUUAUGUCCUCUGUGACAGAGUGCGACUGACUAUUCAAAAAGAAGGAGGAGGAGGUUUGUGGGUCCGGACUCAACAUUGAGAUUGAUGAGAUGCGUAGCUUGGCACAGAUAAACAGAACAGAAAAGGGCUCUCAUGAUGAACAGAACAGAAAGGGACCUGACUUCGUUAACUAGCCAUCAUCUCCUGUUCUUCUCCUUUACGCAGAUAGACCCGAAAGUGCACUUUUGAAGUCUAGUUUAGAUGGGGAGAUUUAGAAUCGACCGUGAUCAAGUUCUAGUGGCCAUGUUUCUCCAAAACUGAAUUCAGACAAGGAGAUUCUACCUUAAUAGAGUGCCGGGAGCAUUAGCUCUCUUCCCUCAUUGAUAGAGAAGCUGGAGGAGAACACCCACGGUGCACAUUUCAUACUGAUCCCCUUUGCCCGCUGAUGUUUGCCUUGUAAGAUUAAUCGAAUUAAUGGGGGUGGGGGGAAAUCUAUGAAAUCCAAGAUAAAAGUAUAGUCUUUUAGCUCUACAGUGUUUGAAGUACAUUUAUAUCCAAAUGUUAAUAAAAACACAAAUGUAUUAUACUCA